UCGCAUUUUCCAACAUGCCGGAAUAAUUCAUUUCAAAGAAAAGGAAAGUGCUCAUGUCGUUAACCAUAAGCAUAUUUUAAGCAAAGUAUCUUACGACAUAACCUAGAAUUAUAAGUCCUCUGCAUGUAAAUUAUAUGCAUUUAAGUUCCAACGGAACAAUAUAUAUAUAAAUUGGCGCAGCUGUAUAUUUUUGUGGAAAACGUUGAAAUACACUUUUCUCGAAUUUUAUAAAUUAUAAUAAUUAUACGUCAUCCAAAAUUUUAUAAUGGUUCUAUGCUCUUUAAAUAAGGAUAUUCAGAUAGAAUAUCAAAUUAUCAUGACAAAACUGAAGUUUGUAGAGCAAUAUUCUGGUCGAAUUUGAAGAAAAUAAUUCUUUUAAAAACGAGGCUACUCUUAGUAAGCUCGGCUAUACGAAGGGUUUGACCAAGGAACAGAAAUAAUUUUGUUUUACCUUUUUCUAAGGAGUAUCGACCUCUUUAAUUGAGUUUGACAUAAUUAGGAAAUUCGGGAAAGGUCUAUUAGCCGCCUGGCCUCAGUAUACCUCAGGAUAUACUGCUUAGGAAUUGCCGUGCUGUUAGAAUGCCGUUUAUACAUGAACGUGCAGUCUCUAAUGACGGUAUUUUUACCUGAUCUAGAAGACUACUUUAUGGAAUAUAACACAGAAAAAUUCAAAAACGUGAUUUAGUGAGCGCUUUCUCCGUAGGUUAAUGUUAGUUUUACACCUAAACUCUCACAAUUUUUGUUUUCGCCAUAGCCAACUUUUAUUUUCCCCUCGAUUUUAAGCACCUUAAACGAAAUGUGAAAAAGGGUGUCCAUUUUGUCAGGAAUUGUCAAUUGAAAAUAUAAGCGAAAUGUCAGAAAAUGAUUCAGUCUUUUAUGAAAUGUCAGGAAUUUUAGGAAAUGUUUUAAAAGAAAAAGCAUUAAUUUUUAACUAAUCAGUUCUAUCGUAUGUUUGUUAUUAAAAUUUAGAUUUCUAAAGUAAUCCACGGUUCCAAUAGUGUAAAAUUCUCGAAUAAAAUAGCUGAAAAGGGGAAGAAAUUGUCAGGAAAAAAAGAGUUAAUAUUGAGUGUACACCCUGAAAUGAAAAAGAUAGUUUGAUACAAAUUGGCUUAGCAUGCGACAGACCAGCUCUGUUUUACAAAGAAAUAAAAAUCUUCAUAAUAUUUUUUCUUGUUAUUUCUUGUUAAAGAAUUUACAAUUCUCCAUAAAAAUGAAUACAAAACUGUAGCUGUUAUAUUGUAGAAACUAGUUAUGUAAUUCCAUAUCCUUCCGUGCAGCCAGAGUAGUUAAAAAUGGCAGGAGCAAAAAGAAGACUGCAGUAGUCUUAUCACCAAGCCCCUAAACCUUCUAUGGAAGCUUAGCAAAGAAGAUACGGAUGUCGUGUAAUUUUACUUAUUUUUUUAUCCAAAAAAUAUGUAGUUCAUUGUCAGUAGUUUAAUUUUUGUUUUAGUUUUCGUUUAAAUUGGGUAAGUGUUGAAACAGUUUCCACGUCGUUUUCAAGGGAUUUUUUCCAUAGUUUAGUUUCUCAACUAAUAAUAGAGAACUUAGCGAUUACAUAGCUACUUCUGGGUUGAAAGAAGCUGUUACGUAAAAGUCGGGAAGGAUACUUAUGGUGUAUCUUCCAAAAUAUUGUUUCAAAUACUCUUGGUAUCAGAUUGUUCUCAAGUAUGAACAUAACAAUAAGAGUCUGAUAAAUGUUUAGCUGGUAUACAUUUAGCACAUUCAGUUUUUGCAAUAAAACUAAUGGAGUGAAUGUAUCAUAGUUCAUCAUUUCCCAUUUGUGUGUUAUUAACAUUUAAGAAAAGAUCUAAAACUUAUUUUGCUGGGUUCGAUCUAAGAUGCAGGAUUUGAGCCCACUUGAACAAAAAAAUCGUUAAGCUGAUGAGGUAUCAGAGAGUUUUGCUCAAUCUUAAUUCCAUUAACAUUCAACUUUUUUGUUAGUUUUUUGUUUAAUUUGUUUUAUCUAUUAAUUUAAUGAUUAUACUUCAUAUUUUUCGCUUCGUCCUUUUUUAUCAUUUCGAACAAAUGUUUAUGUUCUUUUUUUUAAUUUUAAGUGUUCUAAGUUUUAAAAACAUUUUAAAAAUUUUUAUAUAAACAUAAAAAUGUUUGUAUAAACAACUCAUUUUAUCAAUAAACAAAAUCGUUGAUCAAUGAUGAAUCUAUUAAAUAUUUUAAGUAAUCUAUAAUCUUGUGUUGAUAAGGCAUAUAAUAACUCUCUUCAAACAUUUCAGCGACAAUAUGAUCAAGCUUUCCCAGAACAAACAAAAUUUGCUAAAACCACAUUUCUAAACUCUUGGCCAAACCAAAGGUCUGUUAAAAUCAUCUAAAAAUAAACAACGCUUGUAUGAAAAGUUUUUAUAACACAGAGUUCUUGAAAAUGAAAAAAAAAAUAUAAAGAUUAUAAAAUUGUUGCCUAAAUCGGUAAAACUUGCAACCCUUUUGAACAAAAAGUGCUUUAAAUUCCUCAUUUUAUCUAGGAUCCUGUUCAAAAAGAGACGUUUGAAUAUUUGUUCACAUGAUGCAGUGCAAUGUCUUCAUAAGCGUUGUUGUUUUGUUGUGCUCACAAUUUUAUCAAUAUAGCUUUGAAUGUGAGCUACAAGAUCUUAUGCAAGCUGAAUUGUUUGUUAUCACGUAAUUAAAAUGACAGACGUGAAUGUUGCUGGUCUAAUUAGCAUUAUUAUAUUUUACUUGGCUAUUUUGGGCGUUGGGAUAUUCGCAGCUCGCAAAAAAAAUAAAAAGCCAAAGAGAGAUGGUUCGGUGGAACAGCAGACUAAUGAAGUUAUUCUCGCUGGAAGAGAUAUCGGCGCCGUGAUUGGAUGUUUCACCAUGACAGCUACAUGGGUUGGUGGUGGUUACAUCAACGGCACCGCUGAAUCAGUUUACAAAUCUGGAUUAGUAUGGGCGCAGGCCCCAUGGGGGUAUGCAACAAGCUUAGCAAUAGGUGGACUGUUAUUUGCUAAACCAAUGAGGGAAGCCAAAUAUGUCACUAUGCUAGAUCCUCUACAACACAAGUAUGGUAAAGUAAUGGGUGCCUUCCUGUACAUACCUGCUUUUCUUGGUGAAUCAUUUUGGUCUGCAUCUAUCCUUUCUGCUCUGGGGGCAACAUUGGCAGUUAUCCUUCAUCUAGAUAUGAAUCUUUCAGUCGUGAUAUCUACGUGUAUUGCAGUUGGAUAUACAUUCUUUGGUGGUUUGUACUCUGUAGCCUACACGGAUGUCUUACAAUUAAUCUGCAUUGGAAUUGGAUUGUGGCUUACUGUUCCUUUCACCUUGACCCGCUCCUUCGUUGCUCCAAUUACCGAGACAAGAGAUCUGUGGUUAGGAUCAGUCAGUGGAGCUGAAUGGGGACUUUGGAUAGAUUACGCUGCUUUAUUGAUUUGCGGUGGUAUUCCGUGGCAAGUAUAUUUUCAAAGGGUCCUCUCAUCAAAAUCUCCAAGACGAGCUCAAAUUCUCUCCUUUGUAGGGGCAUUCGGAUGCUUUUUGAUGGCUAUUCCAGCAGUAUUGAUCGGUGCAGGAGCAAAAUCAAUGGAUUGGACAAACAUGACUGAGCCGUCUUCAAAUCUAGUUGAAAACGGAACAAUAAAAGAUACUCGUUUAGUUCUUCCCAUGGUACUCCAAUACGCAACACCUGGUUGGGUGUCUUUUAUUGGUUUAGGAGCUGUCUCCGCUGCAGUGAUGUCAUCUGCCGAUUCAUCAGUUUUGUCGGCUAGUUCAAUGUUUGGGCAUAAUAUAUACAAGCUGAUAUUUAGGCCGAAAGCAUCAGCAAAGGAAAUCAUUUGGGUGAUUCGAAUUGGUAUUGUUGUAGUGGGUUUUAUAGCAACUUGCGUUGGUCUCACAGUAAAGAGUAUAUAUGAUCUAUUCCGUUUGUGCUCUGAUCUGGUCUUUGUUAUAUUAUUCCCACAACUUGUUGGAGCUGUACAUAUACCUUUUGUGAACACCUAUGGUUCUAUUUGUGCGUAUGUGAUUGGUUUAUUAUUGCGGGUAUCAGGAGGGGAAGAAUUGAUUGGUUUACCCCCCCUGUUUAAGUUUCCAUAUUAUCAAAAUGGUCGUCAAUAUUUUCCGUUCCGUAUUUUGGCCAUGUCAAUGUCGUUUGCCACUUUACUUUCUGUAUCAUAUCUUACAAAUUAUUUAUUUGAUAAUGGAUAUAUCUCUGAAGAAAGAGACUUCCUUAAAGUUCUCAAGCGUCGAGACAAGGGCAGACAACAGGGGAAGGACAUAUUACUUACGGAAAAAUACACUAAAAAAACCGGUGCCGAUAAUGAAAAAGACGGAAAGGGUUUGUUGGCAUAGAGAAAGUUCAAAGCGAAUUGUUAGAAAACGGCGCGGUAAAAAGAACAGACAACUGGGUGAAAGAGUUUUUAGUACGCUGAAAGAACACUUGGGAUAGGAUAUCGGGAAUAUCUUACUUGUUAUAAUUCACACAUAGACUAUAUAUUAUAUUAUUGAUAUUAUUUCACCAUGUUACAUUAUUACACAAUUUUCUACUGAGCUUCCUGCUACCUAUUUAUACUGGCUUUUACACCCUUCAAAAUGAUUUUCCAUACUGAGUCAAAAAAUAUUAUUAAAUAUUCUGAUAUUUAUUUUUUAGUUGUUAUGGUGUAUAUUUACUGCUGGGAAUUAUCUGCUUUUCCAUCCUCGUCCCCAGGGUUUGUUGCCUAUGUCAAAGCCGUUAACGUUUACUUGACGGAUGGGGACGAGGUUGCUGCUUUUCACAUAAAUGUAUAUUUUAUAUUUCUAGCACCUUUAUUAAUGUUCUGUACUUUUUCUUUGAUUAUUUUAUUUCUUUAUCUGUGAUCCAAUUUAACGUUACGCUCCGACGCAUUUUUACAAAAAACCUAAGUAUCUAAAUACUAGUGCCUCGACAACCACAUAUAUUUGCCUUAAGAUUGUUGUAUUGAAGUUAAAUGAUGGCACUAAAUGAUUUUAGCUUUCCUGUAAUGAUAAAAGUCUAAAGGUUACUAACGUAUUGUUUCGCUUAAGCUUAGUCCUGUAAUUGUCGUCUGUUCAUAGCUAUGAUCUCAUAUUUAGCUUAUUCUCAGUUUUAUAACUAUUAAUAGUUAGCACAUUUUUAUACUCAGUAUUCGUAUACUUGUAUUUCACACUAUUUUAAAAGAAAAGUCAUUUGCAUAUAAAAUGGAGCUGAAAUAUAACCUAUUGUUAAUAUUAUUUUUGUCAUUAUGGAUUGUUUACUCGCAUGUCAAUUCAUAUAGUAGUACAUGAUUGCGU